ACAAUAAAAUUCAUUUCCAAGAUUAUUUUGAUGAUGAGGUAUAAAAUUACAAAUUUUAACAUCCAUUAGCUUUCCUGCUAAUUCUGCCAUAACAGCACCUGGUAACAAAAAGUAGUAAAUUAAUUUUAAAUAAGAAAUAAGAAAUAAUCACUUACCUGUACAAAGAACAAUAUUCUUUUUUGCCAGGAAUUUGAUUGUAAGUGCAGUUUUUGUUAAACAUUCGUCAGAAAGAAAUGGUGGAUCAGCUAUGACCAAGUCAUAAUAACCUGCCAUAUUUCUUGUUAAAUCCAAAGGAAAUUUAUAAUUAUAUGGUACAUAGUCAGAACCAAAUAUUUUGAAGCGUUCGUCAUACUCAAAAAGUGUUACUGUUAACAAAGAAUUUGCUAAACAUUUAUUAAAAGUCAUAUCAUGUUAUCGAAUUGCAUCAUAUCAAUGCAAGAAUUGAUUUGCCGGUUCGAAAUCAAAAACAACUUUUAACUCAUUCUUGAAGAGAAGAAUAGAAAUAUGACGGAGAAUAUGACAAAAAUAGAAGAUGAUAUACAAUUGUUCCAACUAAUUGGAUUGAGUGAACAAAAGGCUAAAGAAACUUUAAAAAAUAAACAAGUAUCUAAUAAUUUGAAACAUGCAAUAAGACAGGCCUCUCACUAUGGAACGAUUACUCCAGAAAUUGGAGUUUUAUUGUACCAUCUUGCUUCAAAAAUAAAGAAUCAAAUUUUUUGUGAAAUACCAUUUGUGGUUAAAUACAUAUUUGAGAAUAAGUUAGAUACAAUACAGAGGGUCGAUGCAGCAUUGGGUUAUCUACUUCAUCAUGUAGGAGAAGUACAUAACAUUUCAAAUUUUGAAGAAGAAUGUGGUAUAGGGAUUGUAGUUACCCCAGAAGAAAUUGAAACUGAAGUAGAAAAAGUUAUAGAGGAACAUAAGUCAGAAAUAUUGGACAAGAGAUAUCGUUUUAAUAUUGGUCCAUUAAUGCAGCAUGUUCGUAAUAAUUUAAAGUGGGCAGAUGGAAAAGCAAUUAAGAAUGAAUUUGAUGUUCAGAUUCUCGUACUACUAGGACCUAAAGUUGAUCUUGAUUUUGCUCCACCUCCUAAAACAGUAAAACAAGUUAAUACAAAAAAAACGGAGAAGGAGAAAGCAGAACUGAAAAGUGUGGUGGCAUCGAGUAAAAAUAUAGGUGCUCAAACAAUAAGUGAAUUAAUGAAAACUAAAGUUCAUUUCCAUAAACCAGGAGAAAAUUAUAAAACUGAAGGAUAUCCUGUACUUCCAAACACGCAUAAGUUGCUGCAAGAGCACUUGGAAAUAACAGGUGGUAAAGUAAGAACUAGGUUCCCACCAGAACCUAAUGGAAUUUUACAUAUCGGGCAUGCAAAGGCAAUCAAUAUUAACUUUGGAUAUGCUGCAGCUCAUGAUGGCAUAUGUUUCUUACGUUAUGAUGAUACAAAUCCGGAAAAGGAAGAAGAAAAGUUUUUUCUUGGUAUUCAGGAAAUGGUAGAAUGGCUUGGAUAUAAACCAGCAAAGAUUACACAUUCUUCUGACAAUUUUCAACAGUUAUACGAAUGGGCUAUUAAACUUAUAAAGGGAGGUUUUGCAUAUGUAUGUCAUCAAUCUAGUGAGGAAAUAAGAGGUUUCAAUCCUCCUCCAAGUCCAUGGCGGAACAGACCAAUUUCAGAAAGCCUUCAACUCUUUCAAGAUAUGAAAGAUGGCUUACUUGAAGAAGGUGAAGCCACAUUACGUAUGAAAGUAACAUUAGAAGAAGGAAAACAAGAUCCAGUUGCAUAUAGAAUAAAAUACAUACCUCAUCAUAAAACAGGAGAUCAGUGGUGUAUUUAUCCUACUUAUGAUUUCACCCAUUGCUUGUGCGACAGUAUAGAACAUAUCACGCAUUCUCUCUGUACAAAAGAAUUUCAAUCACGAAGAUCAUCGUAUUAUUGGCUUUGCAAUGCUCUGGAUAUUUAUUGUCCCGUACAAUGGGAAUACAGUAGGUUAAACGUGAGCUAUACGGUCGUUUCUAAGAGAAAAAUUGCCAAAUUAAUUGAAGAAGGUUUCGUGUCUGACUGGGACGAUCCUCGAUUAUUUACGUUAACAGCUCUUCGCAGACGAGGGUUUCCUCCUGAAGCAAUAAAUAACUUCUGUGCACAAAUGGGUGUAACAGUGGCUCAAGCAGUUGUUGAUCCAGCUGCUCUAGAAGCAUGUGUUAGAGAUGUUUUAAAUGUAACCGCGACUCGACACAUGGCUGUUUUGGAUCCUUUAAAAGUGACUAUUAGUAAUUUUACACAUGGAAACCCUAUUAAAUUGACUGUUCCCGAUUUUCCUAAUGAACCAGGGAAGGGACAACAUGAUAUUGUUUUUGAUGAAGUAAUCUAUAUUGAAGCAUCUGAUUUCCAAGAGAAAGCAUCGAAAGACUUUCGACGAUUAACUUUGAAUCAGGCUGUUGGUUUGAAACAUGCAGGAGUAGUGCUAACAGUUAAAGAGAUAGAAAGGGAUAGCAGUGGUAACAUCGUAAAUAUUAUUGCUACACAAGAACCUGCUUCUGAAAACAAUAAGCCUAAGGCUUUUAUACAUUGGGUGUCAAAUCCUAUAUUGGCAUCUAUUAGGUUGUAUGAACGUCUAUUUAAACACAAACAUCCGGAAGAUGUAAAUGAAGUGCCAAACGGCUUUUUGAGCGAUGUUAAUUCUAGCAGUAAAAAAGAAAUUGUUGGAUACAUCGAUGCAAGUUUGGUAGAUUUGGCGAAACCUCUAGAUAAGUUCCAAUUUGAACGCAUUGGAUUUUUCUCUGUAGAUCCUGAUACUACACCAGGAAAGCUUGUUUUCAAUAGAACCGUGACAUUGAAAGAAGAUUCAAAAAAUAUGUAAACCAAAUUAAUUUAUGAAUACGUGGAUAAUUUAAUUUAAUAUUGCUUUAUUUCGAAAUUUUAUUAUAA